GAGCGCGGCAGCCGGCCGCUCACUCCGCCACCCGCGCAGCUGCUGCAAGGAUGGCUGGCUUCGCGGCCUUGGUCCUUCUCGGGCUGCUGUCGCUGUCUGGCCUGGACGCCAUCCAGCGUAUUCCAGAGGUCCAGGUAUACUCAAGACACCCGCCAGAAGAUGGAAAGCCAAAUUACCUGAACUGCUAUGUGUAUGGGUUCCAUCCACCCCAGAUUGAAAUCGAUUUGCUGAAGAACGGGGAGAAGAUUAAGUCGGAGCAGUCAGACCUGUCUUUCAGCAAGGACUGGUCUUUCUACCUUCUGUCCCACGCUGAGUUCACUCCCAACAGCAAGGAUCAGUACAGCUGCCGAGUGAAUCACGUUACUUUAACACAACCCAAGAUAGUUAAGUGGGAUCGAGACCUCUGAGCAGCACCAUCAAGCUUGAAGAUUCAUUUGGUCUAAUUCCAAAUUCUCUUUCCUUGCUCUUUAAUACUGCUAUGCUUUUCUGCUUUAUGAACAUAACAAGAAGUCGUAUUCAUGUUACCAGAAAUACUUUCUUUAUAAUCCUA